AUGUCGACUGCCCAAGCGUCCGAGAAGGGAGACGUCUCUCCCGUCGGCGCCCGGCACGUAUCCAACGACCUCGAGUCCACCCACGCGGCAGCCAGCGAAGAGUUGCGCAAUGACAGCACCACCACCAAGCGACUCCUACGCAAGCUGGACCUCCGGAUCCUGCCCGUGCUGAUCCUGCUCGUGCUGUGCUCGUUCCUCGACCGCACCAACGUGGGCAACGCGAAGCUGUACCACCUCGAGGCAGACCUCGGCAUGACCAACCGCCAGUACAGCCAGGGCCUGGCCGCCUUCUACCCGCUCUACAUUGCUGCCGAGGUGCCCAGCAACCUAGUGCUGAAGUGCGUCACGCCCCAGAUAUGGAUGGCACUGUUGACGUUUGCCUGGGGCGUCGUGUGCAUUUGCCUCGGCCUGAUCCACAACUUUCCCCAGUUCAUUGGUCUGCGCGCGAUUCUUGGCCUCGCUGAGGGAGGCUUGUUUCCCGGGAUGGUUCUGUACCUCUCCACCAUCUACACGCGAGCCGAGCUUGCGUUGAGAAUCGGCGUGCUAUACACGGCCACGUCGCUGUCUGGGGCAUUUGGGGGGCUUCUGGCGCGGGUACUGGCCGAGAUAGGGACCCGCGGAGGUCUCUCGUCGUGGCGAUGGAUUUUCGUGAUUGAAGGCCUGUUUACUGUCGUGGUCGCUGCCGUUACCUUUCUCGUGCUGCCCAAAAACAUCGCCUCGGGCUAUCCGAGCCCCCAGACGUGGCUGACAGCGGGCGCCUACUUUGGUCUCCUCUCCGCCAUCUACUCGUUUGGGCUGUUUCUUCCCACCAUCAUUGCCGGGCUCGGAUACACGGCCGAGGCCCAGCUGUGGUCCGUGAUCCCCUACGCUGUUGCAGCGUGCACCACGCUCGCCGUCGCCUUCGUCUCGGACCGCCUCAAGCUGCGGGGCACCGUGAUGCUCGGGACCAUGCCCGUGGCCAUCGUCGGGUACGCCGUCAUUGCCAACGUGCCCAACUACCCGCGCGUCAAGUACGGCAUGACCUUCCUGAUGGCCACGGGCAUCUACAGCAGCGUGCCGCCCGUGCUGGCGUGGCUGUCCAACAACUCGGCCGGGCACUACAAGGGCGCGACGGCCGCCGCGCUGCAGCUGGCCGUCGCCAACUGCGGCGGCAUCCUAUCUGUCUUUCUCUAUCCCGAUGCCGACGGCACGCUGUUUCAUCGCGGCCAUUCGGUUGUCCUGGGGCUGCUGAUUGGCGGCUGGUUCUUGAUCCUUGCCAACGUCCUCUACUGCGCCAAAAUCAACAGCGACAAGGCGGACGGAAAAUACGACAAGUACACGGGCCAGGGCGACGACCGGGAGCCGGAUUUUAGGAUGGUCAUGUAAUUGAUUAAUCUGACCUAGUAGCUAGUUCAGCGUGAUUAGACCAAGGCAACGCGGAGGCUUCUGAAGUAGGUCGCAGUGUUAGUGGCAAUAAUCAGGAAGCACGAAUCCCAUCCAUCACGUCGUACAUCACUCCAGAUCCACCGCGGUAGCCCACUCGGGAUACACCUCAUCGCGCCGCGGCGUCGACGCGACGUCGCGGUCGCGGAUGUACUCGCUCAGGGGCAGGCGCAAGUGCUGGCUGCGGGUGCCCAUAUCCACACCCCGGCGCUGGAUGUAUCGCGCAUAUCCCAUGGUCUCGCGCUUCCACUCGGCGCGGCCAAUGCGGCCGGCCACGUAGUCGGCGUAGAGCAUGGCGUCGAGGGCGGCCUGGGCCGUCGACGCGACCGUGUGGGGGCGGAAGCCCGCGAUGGCGUCGCCGAUCAGCACGACCUUGCCGCCCGCAAACUCGUGCUCGGGGCUCAGCACGUCGGUGACC